AUCAUUUGUUCAGCAUUUCUCUUCCAUUUCCCAGAGCUUCUGCAAGUCGAAGCCAUGGCCGCCGUCACCGCUUGCGCUUCCACCUCCCUCGCUGGACAGGCUCUCGGAGCCUCCAGCAACGCCCUCGCCGCCAAGGUGAACGUCGGCGAAGCCCGCGUCGUCAUGCGUAAGACCGUGAAGAGCACCCCCACCAGCAUCUGGUACGGUGAGGACCGACCCAAGUACUUGGGCCCAUUCUCCGGCGCCACCCCAAGCUACUUGACCGGUGAGUUCCCCGGGGACUACGGUUGGGACACUGCUGGACUCUCUGCUGACCCAGAGACCUUCGCUAAGAACCGUGAAUUGGAGGUGAUCCACUCCCGAUGGGCUAUGUUGGGAGCUUUGGGAUGCGUCUUCCCCGAGCUUUUGAGCAAGAACGGAGUCACCUUCGGAGAGGCUGUGUGGUUCAAGGCUGGAUCUCAGAUCUUCGCCGAGGGAGGUUUGGACUACCUCGGCAACUCGAGCCUCAUCCACGCUCAGAGCAUUCUGGCCAUCUGGGCUUGCCAGGUCGUGCUCAUGGGAGCCAUCGAGGGAUACAGAGUGGCAGGAGGACCCUUGGGUGACGUUGUCGACCCAAUCUACCCCGGAGGCUCAUUCGACCCCCUGAACUUGGCUGAGGACCCAGACACCUUCGCCGAGCUGAAGGUGAAGGAGCUGAAGAACGGAAGACUCGCCAUGUUCUCCAUGUUCGGAUUCUUCGUCCAGGCCAUCGUUACCGGAAAGGGACCCAUCGAGAACUUGUCCGACCACUUGGCUGACCCCGUUGCCAACAACGCGUGGGCUUACGCCACCAACUUCACCCCCGGAUCAUAGACUACGACGGGUCUUCGUGAAAGGAAUUCACGAUCCCCAGUUCUGGACAUGUAUAGUGGUAUAGUGGUCUCGCCCCGGUACUUGUAAAGGAGUAGACUGUAAUUUUCUUAGCGUUCCACCCAAUUUUGAGCUUGGGAAAUGUCCUGGUGCUUGAUCGGAAUAAAAACGUCAUCCUUCAGGAUGUUUUUCAUCAUUUGCAAGGUU